GAGAGACAUACAGUGAGAAACACAGUGAGAGAGAGAGAGAGAGAGCUUGACAGAUAUGCAGAGGUGAGAGUCACAGUCACCAGAGGAGCCACCUGGCCAGAGUCCUCUCUUAUCUAAACCAGUUUCCUAGAAAUGGCAUCUUCUAGAAGUUAUUCAAACCAAAGCAGAAAGCAGUCACGUGAUCUUACAUGUAAGGAUGAAGAUAUGGCAGCAUAUUUUGGGCAGCCUUUCCUCAUCGGCCAGCAGAGCAGAGGACAUGCUUCUGGUAACAGUCAGCCAAACCGCCAUCGUUCACAAGAUAGAAGUUUCGGUGGGAGUAGCCAGUAUCUUGCUGUUUUUCAACAAUCUGAAUCUUUGCAAAGAAUUCAAGGACAUUCGAGAUUAGAUGAUCAGAGCCAAGCUCAACAAGGACACAACUUUGGAAACCAGUCUGGUCACAGGGGAGGCCACCAGUCUGGUCACAGGGGAGGCCACCAGUCUGGUCACAGGGGAGGCCACCAGUCUGGUCACAGGGGAGGCCACCAGUCUGGUCACAGGGGAGGCCAUCAGACUGGAAAUCGAGGUGGUCAUCAGUCUGGUCACAGAGGAGGUCAUCCAUCUGGAAUCAGAGGUUAUGCAGAAAGAACGCAAGGCAGAGGACAGUGUCAGAAACGUGGCCAAAAAGGAGAACCCCACCUGGGUUUACAAAGCCAUCAGGUGUUUUACAAUACUCAAUUUCCUCCAACUACACAUGUACACUCCGGAAAUCCCAGGCUCCAUAGUAGCUUUACUGAUCUGCUCAGCCUCUCAAGAGGCAGUUUGGAGAAUGAGACACAAAGGCACCACCAAGAACGAGGCAGGCAGCCCUACCGCCAAGCACUGGGUAGUGCCAAUACUGAUGGUGACCAAGAAAAUUCUUCAAAGCAACGCAGCAGAAGCCAGGUCUGUGAAAAACCAGAGCUAAAUGACAACCGUAAAACCAAGAGGGAAAAUAAACGUGGUCAAUCUGUUCCACGCGUCCCACGGCGACUAGGCAAAGGGGCUCUGCUGGAGCUGUCAGGAAAGAAUCCUUCAGACAUUGUAAUGAAGUUAGCUGCUCCAGGGAGUGGUCUCAAGGAAUUCUUAGACCAGAAUGAAAUCAACAACGACUCAAUUGUGCUGCUCCUGGAAAUUUUCAUGACCGCAAUUAAAUGCAGAUCUAACAGGCAGAAUUUACAAUAUCUGCUCGGUACGGUCAAAGAUUCUCCCUUUGUGAAAAUCACUUUGCCUAGGUUCAUUGUUAGCAUUCACACAGAGGUGACUAUAGAAAAACACUUGGAAAGGUUCAAACAUCUUGCUUACAUUCUAAAGCUGCUCACUGAGAUAAUUAGCGUCUACCCAAAAAGUGGAUUUAUGGAAGUGUCAUUACUGGCCACUUUGGUGGAAUCAGCUAUGAACCACCAGGAGUCCUUUGGAAUACCCAUUGAUGUAGAAACUAAGAAGAGUUUAGAAAACCUUCAGCAAAUGGUCCAGCUUUUACAAGAGAAAAAACGAGAAAAGGCAUUGAAUUCAGAUAACUACAACUUUUUCACAGACCCUGCAAUAGAAGACUUCAGACUAAUUUCAAUAUAUCCAACUUAUGAGGACAUCCAUUUGAUUGAGAAGCCCUUUGUGAGGCCAAAUAUCGUCACUGGAAAAUAUCCUGACGUAGUCACAUACCUCGACACACAUUUUCGCCUGCUCCGAGAAGACUUUGUUCGCCCGUUGAGAGAAGGGAUUUCUGAACUAUUAGCAUACGAAGAUAAAGACCUGAAGAAGAGACAGAUUAAUGACAUCCGAAUUUAUUUUGAUGCACAAAUAUCUGCACCAUUGUGCACACAAAAUGGUAUCUUGUACCAAGUUCAUUUUAACAUGAAGUUGCUAAAGUCCAUUAAAUGGGAAAACUCCAAGCGCUUAUUGUAUGGGUCACUCGUUUGCCUUUCCAAAGAUCGUUUUAAAAAUAUGUUGUUUGCAACUGUGGCGAACCGAAAUAUUGAAGAAUUGAAAAAGGGUUUGAUCACCAUUAUAUUCACUGAAGACAGUCGCUUGAAGUUGGCUGAUGUUAAGCCAGGAGACUUGUUUCUAAUGGUUGAAACAAGCGCGUACUUUGAAGCCUACCGACACGUCCUGGAAGGUCUUAAAGAGAUUGAAGCUGAUGAUUUUCCUAUGCAAAAAUACAUUGUCCAAUGCCACCCUGAGGUAUCAGAACCAGAGUACAUAAAACAUGGAUCUUUUACCUACACGCUCCAGCCUUUGAUUGAAGAACAAGCCCUCAAAGACUUGAGAAGGCCUCAUAAUGCCAUUUCCAGUGGUGAUGGCCUGCUGGAUUAUGGGAUGAGGUUGCACGAGCCCCCAAACAUCUUGAUGAAAAAUUUGCUUGAUUUCACAAAGUGGCCUUCGAAGGAGGAAUUAACCUUUGAUGCAUCGCAAAUGCGUGCAGUACAAUUGGCUUUAACCAAAGAGCUUGCCAUUAUCCAAGGUCCCCCAGGAACAGGCAAGACUUACUUGGGACUGAAAGUUGUCAAGACUCUUCUAGCUAAUAUUAAUGUUUGGCAGGCUACUGGUGCUGCUCCUAUUCUUGUGGUUUGCUACACAAAUCAUGCAUUAGACCAGUUUAUGGAAGGGAUUCAUAAGUUUCUGAAAACUGACUUGAUCAGAGUGGGUGGAAGAAGCACCAGUGAAAUAAUAUCAAAGUUUUCACUUAAGGAGAUCCGGAAGUGUAAAAACUUCAGGAAGAGUCAGCCAGGUCACCUGAGAGCCAUGUAUGCUUCGCUGACUCAGGAAAAAUACGACUUCCAGGAACGAAUUGAAAUUUCGACCGCCCAGUUUGAAACUAGUGCACAAGCAAUCCUCCAUCUAAUCAUUUUGCAGGAAUACAUUGCUCCACAUCAUUUGGAACAGUUGAAAAAGAUGUCUUCUGAAGUUAAGGUUAAAUCAACUGUUAUACUGGAGUGGUUGGGAAUUGGAUCUGUGAUCAUUCCUGAAGAAGCAGCAGAAGUGGACUUGAUUGACUUGACAGACUCAACCACUACAGAUGGGGAUAAUGAGGAAGACAAAAAUGAAGAGGAUGGUGAUGAUGAACUGAUCCAAGUUGCUGGGGAAGCAGAAAUAUUGCAAGCUGAGAGAAUGAUAGACGAUGAUGACCUGCUGAAUGAAAUACAACGAGCUCAGGCCAGGGUGGUUGCCAUUCAAAAACGCUUUCAGACGUAUGCACUUGAAGACCAAACUGAAACAGAGACCGCAGACCCUGAUGUCUGGCAGGUGCCCAAAAAUAUGAAGAAAAGGAUGAAAGCUAUGGCAAAGAGGGAGUUGCAACAAUCAGACUUCAUGUCAGAGGAUGAAGCCGAGCAGAUCUUGAACAUUUGGCAGCUUAAGCUCCACCAUCGCUGGCGACUGUACAGAUUGUGGUUGUCAAAAUACCAAAAAGACAUCAGGUUUAAAAUAUUGGAGUAUGAAAAUGAGUACCAGGGUGUGAUCAAUCGCCUGGCUGAACUGAGGAAUCAAGAGGAUAUGAACCUUCUGAGACAGGCCAAAGUAGUGGGGAUGACUACAACAGGUGCAGCGAAAUACAGGCGUGUUUUGCAUGACCUUCGGCCUAAAAUUGUCAUUGUUGAAGAAGCUGCCGAAGUCCUGGAAGCUCAUAUAGUAACCACACUGACUUCUGCCUGUGAACACCUCAUUUUAAUAGGGGACCAUCAGCAGCUUCGUCCAAGUGCAACAGUUUACGAACUUGCUAAGCACUUCAAUUUGGAAGUUUCCUUGUUUGAGCGACUCAUCAAUAUGAACGUUCAGUAUGUCCGAUUGGAUUACCAGCACCGAAUGCGCCCAGAAAUCGCAGAGCUGCUAACACCACACAUCUAUGACAAGUUGGAAAACCACGAGUCAGUGAGGCUGUACGAGAAUAUCAAGGGAGUCUCCACCAACCUCUAUUUCAUUGAACACCUGCAACAUGAAGAUGAGAUCCGGGAAGGAAAGAGUUUUCAGAAUUCCCAUGAGGCAUCGUUUGUGGAGUCGCUCUGCCAUUAUUUCAUCCAGCAAGAAUACGACCCAUCCCAGAUAACUGUCCUCACCACCUACUCGGGGCAGUUGUUUUGCUUGAGGAAAAAAAUGCCUAAGAGCAAAUUUAAUGGUGUCCGAGUCUGUGUGGUUGACAAGUACCAAGGGGAAGAGAACGAUAUUGUAAUCCUUUCGCUUGUCCGGAGUAAUUUCGAGGGCAGGGCAGGCUUUCUGAAGAUAGCGAAUCGUAUCUGUGUAGCUUUAUCCAGAGCAAAGAAAGGUUUGUUCUGCAUCGGUAACAUGACCAUGUUAGCAAAGGUCCCGCUGUGGGGUAAAAUAGUCGACACACUCCGCAGAAAUGGCCGAGUGGGUCCGGCCCUCAAGUUGUGCUGCCAAAAUCAUCCGAAAACCAUCAGCUUGGUAUCCACUGCUGUGGACUUUGACCAAGUUCCCGAGGGGGGAUGCAAGCAACCCUGUGACUUCCGACUUGACUGCGGCCACGUGUGCACUCGUGUUUGCCACCCUUACGAUAUGGAGCACAAAACGUACAAGUGUAACAGAGAAUGCCAGAAGACGCUCUGCGACCAGAAACACAAGUGUCCGAAGCUUUGUGGCGAUCCAUGCGGCAAAUGCCAGGUGAAGGUGAUCAAAGUCAUCCCUCAGUGUGGUCACGAGCAAGAGGUGCAGUGCUCGCAAGCUCCGGAAACAUUUUCUUGCCAAAUACCUUGUUCCAAGACCUUGGAUUGCGGUCAUCAAUGCACCCGAUCUUGCGGGGAGCCUUGCACCGUGAAGUGCUCUGAGCAGGUUAGUACUGUGUUGGAAUGCGGCCACACAAGGCAAGUCACGUGCUACUGGCAGAAGGAGGCGGAGAUGAGAGGUGAGCCACUGCUCUGCUUCAAGGAGUGCAGAGUCAAGCUGCAGUGUGGCCACAUCUGCAAUGGCAACUGCUUCGAUUGUGCCCAGGGCCAACUUCACACGGCUUGUAGGACCCCGUGCAAGCGGCUUCUGGUGUGUUCGCACGAGUGCCGAGAGCCUUGCACCAAAGAGUGCCCCCCUUGCACACGGCCCUGCGAGAAUCGGUGCAUCCACAGCAAGUGUUCGAGGAAGUGUGGCCAGUUGUGCAUCCCAUGCAUGGAGCCUUGCGAGUGGGUUUGCCUGCACCACAGCUGCACAAAGCUCUGCCACCAGCCGUGCAACCGGCAGCCGUGCAACAAGCCGUGCCGUCAAAUGCUUGGGUGCGGCCACCCCUGCAUUGGCCUGUGCGGGGAACCGUGUCCGAACAAGUGCCGCUUUUGCAACGAGAGUGAAGUCACCGAAAUAUUUUUCGGGACAGAAGAUGACCCAGAAGCCAAGUUUAUUCAACUGGAAGACUGCCAGCAUAUCUUUGAAGUGACUGGAUUUGACAGCUGGAUGCAGGAAGACAAAGCUGAUGAGGCAGUGAUAAAGCUUAAGGUUUGCCCUCUGUGCUCUACCCCCAUUCGGAGAAACCUGCGAUAUGGCAGUGUCAUUAAGAAGACCCUGACUGAAAUAGAAAUGGUCAAAACUAAAAUUGUGGGGGAUGAAGAAUACCUUGAAACCUGUAGAAAACAGCUUGAUCAGUUUCUAAAAGAAGAGAAGAAAAUGUUGAUAUAUUUCCCAAUGGAAACUGAAAGCCUGAAGCAACAGUUGGCUGAGCAGAACCCAAACCUGCACUUGCUGCUACUGCUGGGACACCAAAGCAAUCUCCUCUCUAAAGUGGCAGAACUAAAAUCAAAAGCAGAUCAGCUUCUCCAAGUACAGAAAAUGAAGAUUCAAGGUGAAACUAAUCUCUGCGCAAAGUGGAUCACGAAGCCAAGAGUUUUCUUUGCAGAUCAGGAGCUUUCAGAUAUCCAAUUUGUACUCUCGCACCUUGAAUGUUUAACUGAUGUGUACUUCAUACAGAGUUUGAUACACAAACAAGGAAGUUUGUUAGAAUUGAAAACACAGUGCAAAAUUAAUGACCUUCUGCGAGUGCUGCAAGACAAAGAGAAGCGUGUGGAGCCGUGGGUACAGGAAAGUAUCGAUCAACUGAAGAAGGAAUUUCUGUUACCAAAGGGAAAGAUUUCAGAGAGAGAAAAGCUGAUGGUAGUUCAUGCUACGAAGCUGACUCAGGGUCACUGGUAUAAGUGUCGCAAUGGGCACAUUUAUGCAAUUGGAAACUGUGGAAUGGCGAUGGAGACUGGUGUCUGCCCAGAAUGCCACACUACAAUUGGUGGGACAAAUUGUCAACUUUUAUCCGACAACUUGGUAGCUUCUGAAAUGAUCAGAACCGACUCUUCUGAAUUCCUUGAUUUUUAUUGAUUCACCCUGCGCUUUCCACUUAAUUUUAGAAUAACAUUUUGAGCUGUGCUUUUAUAAUCCCUUACUCUAACCACUCAAACCAUUGUAGCUCAGUGGGUAGAGCACUCAACUCGUAAGCGAAAGACCUGGGUUCGAUUCCUAGCAGGGCAAAACGUUGGGCAAUUGUCCUUACUCCAUACGCCUCUGUUUACCUAGUAGUAAGAACUAGUUAGUUGAUUGGUGGACUGCUUUUCCCAGAGUAAUAAU